AUGGGCUUCUCCGCCCUCCCCUCAUGCACACAAUGCGUCCGAAAGAACAGGAUGUGCUUCGGCUAUCGGAACGAGCAGGACAUGGUCUUCCGCAACGAAACCGGAUUGGUCAUUCGCAAGGUCAAGCGCAAGAGUACAGACGACGAGUCGACGCCUCCCUCGGAUGGAGAUGCCUUCGCCAUGUUGGAUUUGGGUGCUUUGGUUCAGCAUCCAAGCCGGAGGGCGACGCUGCAGGAUGAGGCCAUCAUGCAUUGGCUGGCCAACUUCAAUGAGCGUUUCUUCUCAAGUGGUCCGGAUACAGAAGCUGGUUUCGAGUACAUAUUGCCCGUGUACCGGAGUGAUCUCUCGAGAGGGGGGCCGACAGUGGAGAUCAUCAAUGCAUGUGAGUAG